CUCUCCGGCAGCUGGUCGAGGGCAAGGUCGCACCCGAUCCGAUUCUUCUCCGUCUCCCUCCCCCCUCUCUCUCUCUCUCCUUCUCUUUCUGCUGGAGCACAGAGUUAAACACCAAGGGCGAGAUAGAAGCACCGGCGUUCCGACGACGACGACGGCCCGUCGCGCUCGUCAGGGAUCCACGGCCGCGUCUCCGCCGCACGUCAUUCGUAACAGCGUCGCACUGGGGACACCGUUCCGCCGGAACAAUCGCGAGAAAAGAAGCUGCUUACUCGGCGUCGUUUGCCGCGCAUCUGCCGAGUGCUGUGACUGCUGUUGACUGCUGUGGCUGUGAGAGUCGUGAGAGAGCUCAGAGCGGGCGGUUGAGGCUGGUUGAGGCGGUUCGGUUUGGACGGAACGCGGGCGACGAGAGACGCGACCAAUCGCAGACCACCUGCGCUGCUUACCGCCAGUUCCAGGUUCCCAGUACCGCCGCGCCGCCUGCGCAAUGUGCAUCAGCGCUGAUCAGCAGCGCGGUCUCACCGAGUCACAAUGCGUUAUUACUGAACCAAAAGGUAACACAUAUAUAUAGGGAUCUUGGUAUCAUCAGGCUGUUAUCUGCAAUUUCGAAGCCAUCAAUGUCUAGAGAUGUCCACACAGUAUCUGAGCACCGUAGGUCUACGGAAACUUUACAACCAAAGACAGGAGGAUUUUUUACAAGAAUAUUGAAAAAAAUCGGUAUUCUAGACGUCCAGAAAUAUAGAAAUAUGGAUAUAGGUUAUGAGAUAUACGAACAUGUAAUUGGUCAAGUAGAUUACCCUUUCUUCUUUAAACAUUUUAACAUGCCAGAUACGUUCUUCGCUUGGUUUCUGGUGACAGAGCUUCAUGUCUGGAUGAUAAUGAUUCGUUACAUGGCAAACGAGAAGGAUGGAAAAGCUAUCAGGAAUUUUGCAGUAGCAGCAAUGUGGCAGGACACACAAGCCAGGAUAGAAAAUCUCGGUCUAAUCAAAACCAAACUCAAAAAUAAACAAUUACAAGAAAUAUCACAUCAAUUCAAUGCUGCUAUAAUAGGUUACGACGAGGGCAUACAAUCUGAUGACAAAGUAUUAGCAGGAGCAUUAUGGAGAAGAUUCUUUCAGUUGGAAUGCAAUAAUCCGGAACACAUUGAAACACUUCUAAUUUAUGUUAGGAAACAGAUUUGUUUGUUUGACAGUUUACCAAAUGAUGAAAUUUUAAGAAAACCUAUUUUACAAUUAAUAGACAUAAAAAGUUUAUGUAAGCAUCAAUAUAUUUUCUCUAAAUUAAAAUGCUUUUCACUUAAAACAUUUUACAUUAAUAAUCCAUCAGGUUAA